GUUUGGUUGUCUUCGCGAAAAAAGUUUUUCAGAAAAAUCUGCAACCUCAGUUCCCAAUUCUAUUUAGAUUUGGAUAAUACCUGCAAUAUUAGAGCUUUUUGUGUAAGUUGUAGGCUUUAGAUCGAGUGUUUUACGCAACAUGGCGAAGUUGGACACGAAGAAUGAUCUGAACCGUGUCGGCUUGUUCAGUGAGUUGGGCUACAUUUCGAUUGGCGAUCCUUAUAAAAGACAGAGUACGAAUUUCAAUGUUAAAGCUCAUAAAGGAAAACAGAUGCUGCCUGGAGGGAGCAAAACAAGAUCAGCUCUCCAGUCUGGAUAUUUUGAUCAAAAAUUCAACAGAAUCAUGGAAGGAGAAGCAUUUACUGAUCCAGUCAAGCGCCGACGGCAAGAUAAACUCAAAAGUUCCAAGCUUAACUUAGGAAAGGCAUUUGUUCCCAGCAGUGGAGAGAAACUACCGUAAGUUGUGAUUG